AUGCCAGCGCUCUCCGGCGCUGGAGGAGACAGGCGGGCUUCUGUGGCGGGCAUAGCGGCAGCUGCGGGGGCCAACACCACGUCCGUCAAAGUCGUUGUCAGGAUCCGCCCAAACAUCGGCUCUGAUGCUGCCAACGUCCCGCCACGCUUUCAGCGCAUCGUCGUUCACCCAGUCAGCGAGACGACGCUUUCGGCGGACAAUGCGGGAGCGGUGGGGGCUGGAGCUGGACCUGCGUCGCCCGCUGCUGGACCCUCGGGCAGACCGGCGAAGCAGAUGUUCACGUUCGACAGGGUGAUCGCGCCGACCGAGGGGCAGCCCGACGUCUGGGACUGCGCCGAACCGCUUGUCGACUCGUUCCUCGAGGGCUUCAACGCGACCAUCCUCGCGUACGGACAGACUUCGAGCGGCAAGAGUUACACGAUGGGAACGGACCGUAUGAACGACGGGAUUUUGGGCGACGUCGAACGACAGGGCAUCACGCCUCGCGCAGUAACCGAAAUCUUCGACCGUCUUGCGGCUUCUCAACGCAGCUCGAAAGGCGCUCUCACCUUCUCCGCCAAGGUCAGCUACCUCGAAAUCUACAAUGAGGAGUUGAUCGACCUUCUCGCCGGCAACCGAGACGAGCGGCCGACUGUCCAGAUCCGCGAGGACAAGCAAGGCAACAUCUUCUGGUCUGGCUUGCGCGAAGUCAAGGUCUCGAGCGCACACGAGGUCAUGGACCUUCUCGCCGCCGGAUCCGCCCUCCGUCAGACUGGCGAGACUCAGAUGAACGCUCAGUCGUCUCGUUCGCACGCCAUCCUGUCCCUUACUGUCACCCAGCGCAAAUGGACCGGUUCCGGUCCUUCAACCCCUUCUUCUCCCGCGAUGCCCAGCUCUCCUCCCUCACCCCGGCACAACCGCCGCCUCUCCGCAAUCCCUCGCGUCUCUAGCCCUGUCCCUGGCGGCCGCAGCGCUACGCCCACCUCUGACCGCCCCGGAAGUCGAGUUGGCCUCCGACCACCCAGCCAGCUCGGUCGUCCCGCCAGCCCGCAGGACUCGGAAAGUGGGACCUGGGUCAACGUCACCUCCAAAUUCCACUUUGUCGACCUCGCCGGGUCAGAGCGGUUGAAGCGCACGGCUGCGACAGGUGACCGCGCCAAGGAGGCUGUCUCGAUCAAUGCCGGCCUCAGCGCGCUCGGGAACGUCAUUUCUGCUCUCGGCGACCCGACGAAGAAGGCGACGCACGUCCCUUACCGCGACUCGAAGCUUACGCGGUUGCUGCAAGACUCGCUCGGAGGGAAUGCGAGGACGAUGAUGGUUGCCUGCGUUUCUCCUACCGAAUUCAACUUGCAAGAGACGCUCUCCACGCUCAAGUACGCGAACCGAGCCCGCAACAUCAAGAACCGUGCUGAGAUCAACGAGACCGAAGCCGGUUGGGACGAUCUCGAGCACCUACAGCGCACCAUCGUCAAGCUUCGAGCCGAGAUGGCGGCGCUCAAGUCGGGCGACGUUGCUCACGUCGUCGACCGGAACGGCCACGCCGAGGUCGCCGUUCCCGGCUCGGUCGAGGCUGAGCUGCAGCAGAAGAUUGCGCACCUCACGACGGAACUGGCGAAGGCGCAAUCGGGCGACUUCGCGGCGCCAGGCAGCCCGUCGUCGUCCUCGCUGUCGCGCGACCAGUUCGCCGCAGCGGUGGAGCCGAUCGUCGAGGAGUACGAGCGGUCGCUGUCGGCUCUCGAGAGCCAGCUUGCACUCACGAAAGCGGCUCUCGGUCAUUCGGAAGACGAAAUGCGGGACCUCGAGGCGCGGAUCGAGGAGGAAACGCGGACGAACGAGGCGAACGCUGCCCUCAUCGACGACCUCCGCCUGCGCGUCGCCAAGCUCUCCGAGCGCGAGGGAACGACCGAGCAAUACGUCCGCGACCUCGAGUCUCGCCUCAAAGACGUCGACGAUGCGGACGAGUCUCACGGAGUCGCCAUCUCCGACCUGCGCAAGGAGCUGAGUCGGAACCGCGAAGCGGCGCAGUCGACCGACCUGUACAUCAAGGAGCUCGAGGGUCGGCUAGCGCAGGCGGACGAAGCGAAUGCGGACCUCCGACGACAGAUCGAAGCGCUCGAGCGCGAAGUCGCUCGUCGCGAGGAGUCGUACCGAGAACUCGAAGCGCGCGUCACCCUUCUCGACACCAGCCACAACUCGAAGCUUCUCCUCGCCGAGAUCGACGACAAGGACCACCGGUUGCACGAUCUCGAGCGCGCCGUCGACGAGCUGAAGGGCAAGGUUGGCGCGGCUGAGGAAGAGGCGCAGCGGUUGCAGAAGCUGGCGUCGGAGGAGAAGGCGGUCAAGGAGGAGUUGCUCGGCCGCGUCCGUACGCUUGAGCGGACGCGAAAUUUGGGGCCGGCCAUGACCCCACCCAGAACGCCCGGCUCGUCCUCUGUCGAAUCAGGAUCACCUGAAGCCGCCGAAGUUGCGACUGCUCGCGACGCCGCUGUCGUCGCCUUCCCUUCGCCCGCCGCCGACGUACCCUCCGCCGACGACGAUCUGCGACAACAGAUCGCCUCGCUCCAGGCGACUCACGAGCAGACCUUGCGGGACCUCGAAGCGGCGCAGCAGAAGUACCGCGACUCGCUCAAGGAGAUCGACGACCUGAAUGGCCAGAUCCAGGAGUCACGACUUCUGCAGUCGCGGCGGUCGGAGUCCGACUUCAGCGAGUCGGGCUCGCAGGUUGCGAGGGGAAGAGUAGGCGGAGAGGAGGACGAGAAGGGCGAUGCUGUCCAAGAGCUCGCCGACUCGCCCACCUCGACGCGCACCGGCUCGCCGGUCAUGCAGCGGUCGGCUCCUCGAACGCCGCACGCCCGUCGGAGCAUGCCGCUGUCACCGCAGCGGCUGUCUUUUCUCGGCCGAGGACAGGGAGCCUCGUCGCCGUCGCACUUGCGCUCGGCUUCUUUGGCGCAGGAGUUGUCCUCGGCAGUAUUCUCCCAAACCUCCUGCCCGACGAGUCCCCACACCGUCUCGCCCUCGUCGAGUUCGCACAUUCGGCGCGACAGCUUCUUCGGACAGACCGAACGGAGCUCUGAGCAGAUGAAGGAGGAAGUACUGAAGCUCCAGUCGACGCUGAACGAGCGGGACGCUGAAAUCGCGGCGCUCGAAGCGACAAUGCAACAGCUUCGUGCGCCCGACCCGUCGUCCGCACCUUCACCUCUUCAUCCCGCCGGGAUGCCCCUCCCCUCGAUUGUCACCGAACGCCCAGCCACACCUCCCCCUGGGGAGCAUCCGACGCCGUCCUCCGAACUGCUCCUCUCUCCUCGCACCCAAUCCACCUUCGACUCGCUUCGCGCCGACUUGAACGGCACCGGCCUCGGCCUCUUCGCUCUCGGCGGGCCUGAUCAUGCGCGUUCCGAUCAGCAGGAUCAGUCGCAACGGCUCGAUGAGCUGAUGCGUUCGAUGGCGCACAAGGAGUCGGUCCACCGCGAGACUGUCGAGCAGCUGCAGAGCCAGCUCGAGGCGCUUCAAAAGCAACACGAUGAACUCGCCGUACUCUCGCGAGACCAGAUCUUGAACGCGUCGAACGAGGUCGACAGGAUGCGAGAAGAGAAAGAAGCGGCGGAGACCGGACGACUUGCGCUCGAGCGGAAUCUCGCGGACAAGUCUGCCGAAGUCGAGCGAUUGCAAGGCGAACUGGCGUCGGCGGCGACUCGAGCGGAAGAGGAAGCGAAGGAGGCGCUGGACAAACUGGAUGCGGAGGUUGCGAAAACGAGGGAGGCGGCUGAAGCAGCUCAUCGCGACCAUCUUGUCUCGCUCGCCGCCGAGCACGCGAAGCUCAUCGCAGAGCUCGAAGCCGGCCACGCUACCGCUUUGCGUGAUGCGUUGUCCGCCCACGAGGACGACUUGCGCAGCAAAGACACGGGGCACGCCUCUGCCCUUGAGGUGCUCGCAGCCCAGCAUGCCGAAGCGCUUCGACAACGAGACGUGCAGUAUGCCGACGACUUGCAGGUCAAGCUCGACGCCGCAGCAACGGAGUCGAAGGCCCAGGUCGAUGCGCUGCUCGAGCAGGUUCGCCACCUCGAGACUCAGCUCGAAGCGCUCUCGUCGGCGGGUCAGGCGGACGUCGCGAUCGCUAUCGAAAAGCUCUCCGCCGAACACGCUUCGACCCUCGCCGAGUAUCAAUCGACGGCGGAGCGCGAACGACAAGCUCUUCGAGAUGAGCACGACACGAAGCUUCGAGAGCGUGAAGCGGAGCACGCCUCCGCCCUCGACCAGCUUCGCGCCUGCCACACUUCCGCCCUCGCCGAUCUCGAGACGAAGCACUCCUCCACCCUGUCUGCCCAGCAAGACGAGCACGACGCGCGCCUUCGACAGCUCGUCGAUGACCAUGCCCAACUCACGUCGAGACAAGAAGCCGCGUCGGGCGCUGCAGGUGUCGAACUCGAUGCGGCUCGACAAAAACAUGCGGACGAGGUCGAGCGGACGAAGCAGGAGCAUGCGGCCGCGGUGGACGCGCUGCGCGAAGAGCACGAGACGGCGCUCCGCUCGCAGGGGACGUGUCACGCCGCCGCGCUCGACCAGCUUCGCACGGAGCAUGCUACAGCUCUCGCAGAACUCGAGACGAAGCACUUGGCCGCCCUGUCCGCUCAGCAGGCCGAGAACGAUGCACGGUUCCGACAAGCGGCGGAGCAACAGGCGGACCUCGUCUCGACGCACAACGACGCCUCACGCGACGCCGCUGAAAAGCUCGAGCAGGCUCGACAAGAGCGUGUGGCGGAGCUCGAGCGGGUCGAGGCAGAGCAGGCCGUCGUCCUACAGUCGCUGCGGGACAAGCACGAGCAGUCAUCGAAGCUGGCCGCCGACUCGCAUGCCUCGGAGCUCGAGGAAAUCAAGCGCCAGCCCGACGAAGCUGUCGCCGCCCUCGAGUCGAAGCACGUCGAGGCACUAGAAUCUGCUCGAGUCGACCUUACCUCGCAGCACGCCCUGACGGUCGACGAGCUCAAGCAGGAUUUGCAGCGCCAGCUCAAUGCGGCUGCUGCCGAGCACUCCGCCGCCCUCGAGAGCCUCCAAGCCGAGCAUGAAGCUGCGCGAUCCGCCUCGAUAUCGGACGCCGACAAAGCACGUCAACUCAACGAAAAGCUGGAGGCAGCGCGAACAAGCCAUGCCGAGGAGAAGGAGCGGCUCAUUGCCGAACAUUCGGCUGAAGUUGAGCGUCUGCUUGCCGAGCACGAAGGUCUGCGUCUCAGUCUUCGCCAGGCGCAUGAGACGGCUUUGGAUAACGAGCGAUCGGCUCGCGAGAACGCGCUUGAGCAGGCCAAGGUCGAGCACACCACCGCCUUCGAAGCUGUACGCGCCUCUCUCGCUGCCGACCACUCCGAUGCCCUCUCCGCCCUCUCGCGCGAACACGAGGGCAAGCUCGCCUCGCUCGCCUCCGACCACGACGCCGCGCUCGCCAACCUUCGCAUUGACUAUGAUGCCGAUUUGCAGCGCCUUUCCGAUGAGCACUCGAGCGCCGUGCAGGACGCGGCGAGCAAGACGCAGAACCAGCUCGACGAAGCGGCGGCUGCGCAUGCGUCCGCGCUCGCCGCUGUCUCAGCCGAGCGAGACGUUGCCCAACAAGCUGUUGAUUCGGUUCGCACCGAGCUUGCAGGCUUGCAGGACGAGCUUGCGGGCGCUCGGGAUGCUGCAGCUGCCUUCUCCACGCAGCGCGACAGCCUUGCUGAGCGGCUCGACGAGCUCUCGGCUCGACACGCGAACCUCGUUGCCGACCAUGCGAAGGAGCUCAACUCGUUGCGACAGUCCAUCAGGGUCCAGCAGACCGCUCCUCCGAAUACCGUCGCUCCUGAGACGCAGACCGCUCUCGCCUCGCUCGCUUCGCCCGAACAGGUGCUGCACGAGUCGCAAGCCGAUCGUGCUCGCCUCAUUUCGGAAAUCCACGAGCUGCGAGGCGGCGAGGAUGGUGUCGCGGAGGACGAUGGCCGGCUCGAAGCGAUGGUCCAGCAGGUCCAGCAGUAUCGUACGGUCGUCACCAAGCUCGACGCCCAGCUCGUCCUGACUCGCAAGGAGAAGGGCACGCUCGCUACCCAACUCGCACGCAUGUCGCUCUCGUCCAGCAACGCAGGACUCGGCAUCUCGUCCGUCCAGUCGCCGCCCUCCGAGUUCGGCUCCCGCGCCAUGUCGCCUACGAGCGACCUCGACCGCGCGACUUCUCCCCCGCUCCGCAGCGAGCGCCUCUUCAGCAACGGCAGUACGUUCAGCGGCAAGUUCCCUCCGCCAACUCCGCCGCCUUCCGUCCCGCCUCCCCCUGCCCCCGCACCAACUUCGCCUCUCCCGCCUGUUCCGGCCGGUGGCUCCCCUCUCCGACUCGGUGGUCGACGGUCAUCUGCCUCGUCGACUGCUACGGCGGCGACGGAGCAUCGUCGCGGUUCGCUUGGCGGGUCAGGCGAGAGUUCGGUCGCCCUGCAGGCUGGAGACGCGAAGCUUGCAGUGCAGGUCAAGGAGCAUGAAGCUCAGCUCGCCCGCCUCAAGCAGCAGCUCGCCCAGCGAAAUGCCGAGUACCAAGCGCAGGUCGACCUCGUCAGCACGCUUGAAUCGGCGCUCAACGACUCGGAGCGCAACCUGCGCAAGGCGCGGCUGCAGUCGAACGAGUACGCGCGCGAGCGGGACCAGCACAAGGCGACUGUCGACCGGUUGCGGCAAGAGGCGCAAGACUCGCACACAACGAGCGAGAGCUACAGACAGUCUGUGCUGGAUAUGGAGGAGAGGUUGCAGGAGCAGCGGACGAGGGAGGCGAGGGCCGAGAGGGCGCGGAUGGAGCUCGAGGCGAGGAUGGAGGCCGCGAGCAAGAGGAAGAGCAAGUUCGCCUGUUUCUAG